GCUAGGGGGCAGACUGUGCGGGUCGCCGCAGCUGCUGAAGUCUACAUGAGGGACUGCUUCCGGUCUCACCCUCCUCUUUUUCUCUGCAUCGGGUCGCAGCCAUGGUGAACGUCCCGAAGACCCGCAGGACUUACUGCAAGAAGUGCAAGAGGCACCAGCCUCACAAAGUUACCCAGUACAAGAAGGGGAAGGACUCCCUCUAUGCUCAGGGUAAGAGGAGAUACGACAGGAAGCAGAGUGGGUACGGUGGUCAGACUAAGCCCAUUUUCAGGAAGAAGGCUAAGACUACAAAGAAAAUUGUGUUGAGGCUGGAGUGUGUCGAGGCCAACUGCAGAUCCAAGAGAAUGCUGGCCAUCAAGAGAUGCAAGCACUUCGAGUUGGGUGGUGACAAGAAGAGAAAGGGCCAGGUCAUCCAGUUCUAAACUGUGGCUCAGUUUUCUGGAGGAAGUUGUCACAAUUUUCAAUAAAUGUCUUGAAAAAUA